AUGGAUAUUUACAGAAAAGGCCCGACAGGAUAUUUGGCAGAUAUAAAGUUCGAAAAUAUAAGUCUCAUAGGUGAACGAAUACUUGAAUCUGUAUUUAAUGAAUUAGAUAAUACGGAUAAAUGGAUUUAUUUAUUUCUCAAAACUUUGAGAACCAUAGCCAUUUUCACUUCUUUUGAUUCAACACAAUGA